UUGGCUCCAAAUUUCCAGAUCGGAAAAGUAGGAUCACGUGAUUGAGUCAUACUUUACUUGCUUGACAGCACCGAGUUCAUUGCUUAAUUUACGACCACUUCAACUUUCAAUUAAUAUUCGUGGUUACUGCUGUGACGACCUCGCUUUUGAAACCACUAGAGAAUCAACUCGGUCACCUGCGAUUCACCAUGUCCGCCAUCACAAUCGCAACUCUUCCCCGCAUGAGCCGGGAUGCUCUCUCAGCCUUGCUCCUCUCCACCAGCACCCCCAGUAACCUGGCUAUCAUUGACGUUCGGGACUCCGACCACAUCGGAGGCCACAUCCACACCUCAACCUGGGUCCCAAGUUCCUCACUCGACGUCCGCCUCCCCGAACUCAUCCGCACACUGAAAGAUAAAGAGAAGGUCGUGUUCCACUGCGCGCUGAGCCAGCAGCGCGGUCCGUCCGCUGCUCUGCGCUAUGCUCGCGAACGCGAGAGAUUGUUGGGCGUCGAGGAGAGCCAGAAGCAGAAGGUUUAUGUGUUGGAGGGUGGGUUCGUGCAGUGGCAGGAGAAGUACGGGAAGGAUACGAGGUUGACAGAGGCUUAUGUGGAGGAUAUCUGGAGGGAGUAUUGAGAUGGUUGUUGUCCUGGUUUCCUUAGUUUGGUUUUAAUAUCUUCUUUUGAUUGGUUUGGGUUGCAUGUUGGGAGAUACCCGGGUAGUGAUUAAUAGAAUAGACUGGUUUGGGUUAGGGGUUUCUUUUUGUGCCAUUUUGGGAUUGUUAGUGGUGGUGUAUAGUCUGGAGUGAGUUCCUGCAUGUUGGAUAUGGGGAAGAUGGUAUGUGAUAGUUUAUUUGCUUCUUUUAUUAGCCUUCGUUUUAGCGAUGGCUUUGUUGGUGGCGCAAAGGGCUCAUUAUUGGUGUUUAUGCCUAAGGCAUAAAGCCCAAGUUGUUUGCAUUGACAACAAAGCCCCGGGGAGAACAACGCGUGGAUUCAGAGCUGGUCUGUUAAUGGACUUCUUGACAGCAGGUCCUCGGAAUGCGGGGUAUGGUGAGCGGCAUAAUCGAUUGCAUUGCAAUGCAUAUCUUUGCUGUCUGUUGCCUGAUGGUGCCAAGUGGCUUGGAGAAACACCGUUGGUUCUUUGCAAAACUGGUGAGAAGCAAUGUACUAAAUCCUGGCCCAUAACAGGGAUCAAAGGGUAAUAA